AUGUUAGUGAUUACGGAUAAAUACUUAAAGUUUCGACAUGUAGAAUUUCUGAGACAUACAGACAAGCCUGUGGAUAUAACCAAGCGGUUUCUUGUUCGGACCAACAAAGAUAAUAUAAAUGUAAAAGAACUGGUCACAGAUGGUGGUCGUGAUUUUGACAAUGAAAAAUUGGUGAAACUGACUGAUGAUGGUGACAUUAAACUGCGAAUCACUAUGCCAUAUACACCAGAACAAAACAGAUUGGUUGAAAGAGAGAAUCGUACAAUAAUGAAUGCAGUUCGCACUAUGAUCAAGGAUUCAGAACUACCACAGUUCCUAAGCAGUAUCUACAGCUGUCUACGUUCUCAAUCGAACCGGACCAACAUUCUGAAGUUGGAAGAGCCUAAAACAUAUGACGAAGCAACGAAGUCUCCUGAAUACGCCGACUGGAAACGAGCCAUGGACGAAGAAAUGGCUUCGCAUGCCAAACAUGGAACAUGGCAACUUGUUGAGCCACCUAACGGACGUAAAAUCCUCGACAAUCGCUGGGUUUACAGAGUGAAGACAAAUCCCGAUGGCUCAAUCGAGAGAUUCAAGGCCCGUUUAGUAGCAAAAGGGUACAUCCCAGACGGUGAAUAUCGACUACGAAGACACAUUUAG